AUGUGCCCUUGGUCUGAAAGCCAGCCCUGGGGCAGGCAGCGGACAGGCAUUUCUCCGCGGCGCACGGAGGCUCCGAGUCGAGUCCGCGCGGCGCGAGCUCCGGGAAGGCCGGGCCGGGCCCCCGAGGAUCGCGCACUCCAUCGGGAGGCCGCCCUCCGGAAGGGGCCGCCCUUGGGGCUGGCGGGGCCGGGCGGGACUGCCGCGCUCGCGGGAGAGGCCGAGCGCAGGCCGGAGGGGUCGGCGGGCAGGGAGUGCCUGCGCGCCGGGAGCGGGGGCAGCCGCGGCCCCGGGCGGGCCCCGCUGAGCCGCAGAGAAGCUGUGGAAAUACACUGGGAUCGAAACGCCCCUGGCCCGCAUGACCCCACCCCAGGAGAAGCAGCCCAGAGUUACCGGACAUCGUGGUCAGCAGAAGCUGGGCCGGUGGCUGGAUGCUGCAGCUGCAGGGACUCGGCGCCUAGGAGGGCUCCUGUGCAAGGAGAGAAGCAGAGAUGCAACAUUUUUAAAGUUUCACAAAGCAUCCAGUUGCACCCAGGUUCCUGGAGCAGGAGACAAACAGAAUUAAUGUUUUAUACCUUCGGGUAUAGGUUUGAGUUUUUUCCCCCUCAUGCCAAGUAUUUAAAACCUCUAGAAACCCAUGAUUUGACAAUCAAUGAUUGCGCGAUACUUUCAAUUUGAAUAUUCAAAGGCUUAACAAAAUGGACUAUCUUCUGCAGAAAUCCUGCAUACAGGCACCCCACAGAGAGUCCAGAGAAACAGGGAGUGAGACCCCUUUGGGUCCUGGCCCCUGCUUUUAUUGUAUUUUGAGCAUUUUGCCCACCUUCCCACAGACAGAUCAGGAGUCCUCAAAGAUGCUCUGUAUUUCUGCCUCAAAGGCAGCUCCAGGGGCUCUGAGUGACUUAGGCUGCCCUUCAUGACCACCUGAGCCAGGCUGGCCAGCCACACUGAUUCCCACAUCCCCAAACUCCGUUUUAAGGAAAAAUCUCAGGUUUUGGGGAGUGAACUUGGCAGCCAGUAGGUGUGGCAUGGCAGAGAGUCACUGUGGGCCCGGGUUGCAGGCCGGAGGCCCGGCAGAGGCCUUAGCUCUGCACCUCAUCUCCUUCUGCCCCGCCUGGCCAUGUGCCGGCUUCCCUUCCCUUUGUGCCACUUUCUGUCUGGGCCCCAGACACUGGGGUUUGCAUAGAGAAUACCUGCCCAGUAAGACCCUUUGUUCCUCCCCAAGGAGCUGGGGAUGCCUGUGGGGCCUCGCCCUUCAGAGAUUUUCUGAGGCUGCUGUUUCUUCACUGUAAAGUUCCCUCUUCCCUCCUCCUUCUCCCUCUAGAGCCAUGCCUGCCUUUUAGCUACAGGAGCAUGUAUUGAGAAACAGUGAUAAACUUGGCUCCUGCUCAUUUUAGCUGAAAGGACGUGGAUUUUGUUCAAGCCUUCAUACGUUGGGGUGAGAGGGCUUUGAGGUCAGGCUGCCCCUGUGGUCCAGGCCCGCGCGUCUCACAAAUAACUGGGACUGUGCUGGGUUAUGUUUUCCAAGCACUGGCUCUGCCUCUUUCAUGUGAUUUGGAAGCUUGAGAAGAUAGGAGUGAUCCAGAGAGGGAGUGAGUGCCAGGCCAAAUCCUCUCAUGGCCCUGAGGGGAGGGGGCAGCCCUAGAAGACAGAGAGACAGGGAGGUUCCCUUGUCUGUCAUUUGGGGUUCCCAAAUGAGCCAAGACAUUCCCCUGAUACCAGGCCAGGCGAUGGUUAGAGGCCUCUGCUCUAUGUUGCCUGAGUUCUCUGAAAUGCACUAAGUGGAGUUGAGCCCCACGGACCACCAGAAAAAGACCUGAAUGCCCGAUGCAGGGUGGAGCGUUCAGAGAGCAGGGAAUGGGGCUCUCUGAGAGUGACAAGAUACCAGAGUCUGUGAUGGAUAAGACUUGCUUGGCAACUGAAGCCAAGUCUCUGGGGGAAGGGAUGAGGGCUGGGAACACAUGAGGUGGCACCUGACCUUGGAGGGCAGGCUGGGGUGUGUUUGUCUCCAGCCCAGCUGGAAUCCAUCAGCUUCGAGAGCUUCUUUCUCCAAAGGCUCCUGAGCCUGUGUCCUGAGUUUUCCUGAUGGAGGUCAGGCUGAGGCAGACUUGGGAGGAGGGGAAGGACACUGGGAGUUCAGAGAUCCCCUAGGUCCUUUCUCCCUGCCCUGCCCUGCCUGGGCUCUGCACCCCCUGAAUGAACAGGGAGCAAAGCAGCGUGGAAUUAGGGAUGUCUCUCGUCCUCCUAGCUUCUUCCAUUACUUCUUCUCUCUUUUGCCUUCCUCCUUUUUGUUUUACACUUAUUUUUGGGUUUGCUUUUUACAAUCUCCCACUUUGUCCUUUCUGUUAAUUUUUUUCCGAAUUUCUUUUUCUUUGUGUCUCUUCCUGUCACUGCUUUCGUCUAUCUCUUGUCUGCAUUGCUGUUUUUUCUCCCUGGCCCCUUCUGCAUCUCUGUUUUCCCCUGUUGAGGGUGCUGUCUCAUUUUUUUAGGUUUAAUCUCCUUCCAAGCCUCUCCUUUUGUGUGGAGAUGGACAGGGAUGGCAGGAGGCCAUUGAGUUCCCUUGGCAACAUCACUGAGGUUGAUGCUGAUGAUUGGCUGCCCUGUAGAUAGGGCAGGCAGGGCUAGGUGAGCUCACUGGAAGUCUGUAGGGACAGCAAAGAACUCUUUGUCGCUUCCUCCAGGAGCCUCUGCCUGAACCAUGCAGCAGUUCUGGGGGCUUCUCUGUUGGCCCCCGCUGCUGGGAUGGAUGUUCUAGUGUGAUUGCUGGCCAGCAACUUCAGAAAACGGGGUUUCCCCUGGCCUGAGCCCUGUUUGGAGAAAGAAGCCUCCCAGUUUUUAGCCUAACGUUGAGGGAUUUUGGUUCCUGCUGUUUCUAUAAUUGCAAAACCCCAGCACAGGUAUAAGAGCUGAAUGCCAUGCUUGUGGGGGUAAGGGAGAAUCCUUUCUAAAUGCCUCCUGUGAAUCCUCCUUACAGAUCUGCAGGUGUCCUGAGGCCUGGAGCAACCAGGGCUACCCUUACACCCCAUAGAGUUGGAUGUUCCUCUUAGGAGACUGUUAAAAGUUGUCAUUUAUUGAGUGUUUAUUGGAUGUCAGGCACUGUAUUGUAUAGCUUCCCCAUUUUGCAAAUGAGGAAACAGGCCUGGAGGGGUAAGCAGCAUGCCUAAGAUUAUUGAACACAGAAAUGGCAGGAUUGGGAAUCAAACUUUCCUAAAUCUGAUGCUAAAACCCUUGUUCUUAACUAUUGUUGUCUUCCUGAUCUUUUAUAGCAGAGGCUUUCAAACUCAUUUCACUUCAACCCGCAAUAGGAAAUUCAUUUUACGUGUUCACAUACUAUAUCUGUAACAAUAUUUACAUAUUUAUAAAACAAACUUUUCAUAAAACAAUCUACACCUAUGUAUAUGAGGCACUCUGAUAUUUUCUGUUCUAUUAUUCCGUGUUUUCCAUUUCAUUCAGUUUAUGAAAAAUAUAUGUUGGUUGGGAGUCACUAAGAUAAUUUGAUGACCCACUAAUGAGUUGUGACUUCCUUUGGAAAAAUACUUCUUGUAAGAUGUGCAAAUACACUUGUCAAUGUUGUGCAUAUGAAAGUAUUUUGGUGAGCUGUCUGUUUUACUAACGGGGUGUGUGAGGAGACUAAAGCAGUGCAGCCUGCUGAAUUGCGAUUAUUCUGUAAAGGCUGGAAAUGCCAGAACCCUGAGGAAGAGGCUGGCUAGAGGUGACAGUGAGCUGUUCACUUAUGAUGCUCAUUACAGUUUGU